AUGGUAUCUGCACUGAAUGGUGUGGUGACAAAGGCGGCCCUCUUUGUACGGCCGCAGUACGCCAAACAACCAGAACUAUUGGCCUUGACGAAAUAUAAACUACAUGAGGCCGGAUUUAUUAUCAUCCACGAAGAGUUCCGCCGCGUAAAUGACGAACUCGCCGACACAAUUGCCAUUCAACUCGACCGCACGGCAUUCCUCAACGGCAUUGCCACUCCACCCUCCACAUCCAACACCGUAGAGGAACAGACAUCAUCCACACAAGAAGGAGAACAUCAACAAAAUGCAGAGAAUCAUAAUAACAACAGCAGCAAUACUAAUAAUAAUCACAGUAAUAAUAAUAAUAAUAAUAAUAAUAGUACGCGGAGAAUGUUUACACACACACACGCCACUGCAGUACCCGCCGGACCGCAAGAACUCGUCGGUCAUGUCUAUUUGUACGUCCUCGCCCAUCGUGAUUGUCAUCAAGAACUCCUCAACUUUCUUGAUCGUCUCUUCGCCGAUGAUGAUUACACCGAUCUGCUGUUGGAAUUACAGGAACGAGGAGUAUUGGGAGAUGAAAGUGAAUCCUCCGACCAACAACAACAACAACCAUUAUUAUUAAUUCCCUGUCCAUUAUUCUGCAAUGCAACCGAUGUGGCCGCUAAACAAGUUGUCCAGCUGUUAUUUCCACGUAUGUUGGUUCAUGAUGUGCCAAACGAUGCCGCCUCGCAGGAGUACGUGCAGGCGCAGUUGAAGGGGGCACUCAUUCCAGCACUUGUGGAGCUCUCAAAGGCAAAGCCGGCAAAUCCCAUCCGAUGGUUAGCGGAGAGGCUGUUGAAUACCAAUACACGAGCACCACCACUGAUCUCAACAUCUGCCGUAGAUGACUCGAACUAA